UAGCGAUGACUCUUCCCAAGCAGCAGCUCCCGUUUUUGCAUCUGUGCACCGACCUCGUCACGCAGGCAGUUCGGCAAUUAAACGGGACGGAUUACAACUGCAUCAUCAUCACCAUCCACACAGCAGCAGACAACAAUCAUCAUCAUCAUCUUCCGGUGCUACUGCUCGCCAGCAGGUUUCUACAGCUCCUUCAACAACAACGACUACCAACUACUCAUCAAAUCUAGCAGCAGUCCUAUUGCCUCCUGGUUCGACAUUCCGGACAAGCCAUGCAAAUACUUCCGUCUUUGAUUUGGCUCCAAGCAAUGCUGCUGCCACUUCUUCUGGUGCGUCAGACAAUACCAGCAGAUCGAAAAUUCGAUGCUGGUAUGAUAGCAACACAACAACGGCCGUAAUGACUGGCGGAAAGCAAUCAAUUGCGGUGCCAAUUCCACAACCCUUCCGACCACUGCCACCUGGUGCUGGUCUGCAUCAUUCAAAUCAGCAGCAGCACCAGAACCAGCAGCAGCAUCGAACGAUGAAUGCCACAUACUCGACUGGUCCCGCAGUGCACAGUUUCCACUCCUCGGCAAGUCAACAAGAGUCAGGGUCGGGAGAAGGUGCUAGCAGUCGAAUUCCAAUGGGGCAUCAGAAUUUUAAUCAAAUUUCCAAAACUGCCACCAAUUUGCUGCACGACAUUUACGAGAAACACUUGUUGAAUCAGACAAUGUUUGAUAUGCGUUCUUCUGCGUCAGGAAUGGUUGGCGGUGGUGGUGGCAACUCACAGAACCAUGACUUUCAUUUGAAUAAUUUGCCACCAGCAGCAGCUAGCAAACAUCAACAGCAACAACAUUACCACCACCAACAACAAUCAUCAUUCAUGAGGGAUCCAUGCUCGUCAAAACAACCGAAAGGGUUGCAUUUUUUGAAGUUGCCUCCGCCGCCACCGCAGCAGCAGAUGGUCUCUACAACUGCACCCCAUUUGCACUUUCAUUUUCCCCAAGGGUUCGUCGAGCCGAUGUGUGACAAGGCGUCGUCUGUACUCCAUCAUCAAGCUCAACAGCAGUCGCAGGAACAACAACCGAAAUACCAUCAACUCCAGCAACACGUCUACGAAACAAUACCAGAACGACCGCAAAAUACUUCACACUCUUCCCACUCGAAAGCGGGCAUAAACAAUAACUCUACCGCUGCCACCUCGGCUAACGGCCACCAGCUGUCAAAUCGAAAUCUAAGACGACGAGCUCCUGGAAGGGGUUCCCAAAAAUCCGGUGCUGCUUCAUCCGGAAACAAAAAAGUCUCAUCAUCAGGUUUGGCUGCAUCCGAUGGUAGCGUCGGCAUCGGGCACAAACAACAAAAUGGCGGCGGCGGUGGUGGUGGGAGCAAUCCGUCAAAUCAAAGAAAACAUACAUCAGCUGGGACCGGCGGCGGCGGCAGUGGUAUUGGAUACGAGGAGCAUUACUUUCGGCAGGAAGACUUUCAUUACCGGAAUCAGCAGCAGUUGCCACCACCGCCACCUCCGAAAAAUCCCCCUCUCCCAUCAUCAUCUAACUCUUCCGCUGCUGCCAGCCAUCAACAACGAACUAGAGCCGACGGCGAGCAUAAUCAAAGGCAGAACCAAAAUUUCACUCAAGGCCAACCAUACCCGAACGCUUCUUCGUCGUCAUCUAUUUCGAAUGGAAUUCCAACGAAUCAUGUCAGUUUUGCCGCGACGACAACGACGACGGGAGAGAAUAAUAGUAGUUCGGUGAUGAUGAUGGAAGAUUAUAACGUACGUGAGGUUCCUUUGGGCAGUGCUGCUAUGCAUGCAAGUUUCGUUGAGGAUAAUCUAAGGGAAGCCGGUCUUUUGGACAAACCAUCGACUAAAGGCAUUUGUAGUGGUUUGCCAAUUGUAUUCGAAGAGGAAACUGCAAAUGCAACCUCGACCACAAUGACAAUGAAUAUUAUGCCUGGCCCAGGAGAUGAAAUUAAUUCUGGUGGAUUGCAAGAUGAUGGUAUUGCCAGGUACCCGUAUCGAAAUUGUAAAAUUGAUCUUAUGAUGGAGACAGCACAAGCAAUGGCUGCUGCUGCAUACUAUGCAAGAGCAGCACAAAAACUCGCCCAAGGUGGUGGCUCCUCAAAAAGCCGUUCCACCGAUAUGGCGCAUACAUCACGCAAUGGCGGUUUCUGUGGAGCUCUUCAAAGAGCACCACCACCUUUACCACCAGGCCUAGCCAGACGACUGGCGAACAAAGAAAAUUAUGGAAUAGGAAAGGUCAAAGUUAUGUUACGUGUCUCGGACAGUCACAUGGACGAAGAACAUCCUCAUUUUAUGGCUGUGGACAAAAAGAAACGACAAGUGACGUUAACAGAUCCUAGUGCGGCGACUACAGUGGCUGCGUCUACCUCCCAGGAACGUGGACCAAUGGUUGCCGCCCCAAAGAUGUUUGCCUUUGAUAGUCUUUUUACAGCAGAAGAUCAACAGUCUGAUAUAUGUGCCUCGGCAUUGUCCGAAGUAAUACCUGCUGUCCUGGAGGGCUCCGACGGAUGUCUACUAACAAUUGGCUAUCCCAGUUCAGGACAAUCACGAACAAUGUUGGGCGGAAUUCAAUCAUCGGGCGAAUUGGGCGCCAUUCCAUGUGCAAUAUCCUGGCUGUACAAGGGCAUCAAUGAGCGGCGACAAAAGUCCGGUGCCCGAUUUUCAGUGCGAGUUAGUGCGCUAGGAGUGAGUGCAACCAAACCCGAUUCCAGUUCAAAGGAUUUAUUAGCUGCCCAUGCGACAGAAUCCGACGAUUCGCCUGGAGUAUACUUGCGUGAUGACUUCCUCGGCGGACCGACUGAAUUGCGAGCACCCACCGCCGAGCGUGCAGCCCUGUUCCUAGAUGCAGCUUUAGCGGGACGACCUCAGGGCGGACUGGAGCCCGCAAUGAUAUUUACAUUGCAUGUCUAUCAGUACAGCUUGUCGCGAAAAGGAGGAGUGGCGGGAGGACGAAGUCGUUUGCAUCUAAUCGAUUUAGGGGGUUGUGCGAAUCGAAAUGGUGGCCUACCGCUAUCCGGCAUUGGGAACAUUCUGCUGGCGAUACUCAGUGGUCAACGUCAUCCACCGAACAAGGAUCAUCCCUUGACGCCGUUGUUAAAAGACUGCCUUGCACCGUUAACAUGCCAUGUCGCCAUUAUGGCCCAUGUUUCGCACACACAGCCUCACUCAGAUGCACUAACGACAAUCCAAUUAGCCUCAAGGAUACACAGGAUGCGGAGACGGAAACAUCGUUUUCCAAUUUCAUCAGAUAAAGCGAUGCCCGUUAAUGCAGGCCAUCAAUCUGCCGGCUCAUCUGAGGGACCCGAUCCAUCAAGUUCUGAUUUAUCGGCCGAUACGGUCAUUUAUAUGGGACCGUGUGAUGAUGCUACGGAUGGCGAGCACCCGCCUGUGUAUUUGCCAUCGCUGAGUAGUGGUGACAAUCGUUGUGCCAUGAAUAAGGUGCUGAAGGGCAGUGGUGCUGAGAAGCCUUCAGGAGCUACAACGACGACGGGUGGUGGUGGUUCUGGAACCUCGAAAAUACCAGCCAAAAAGACUACAUCUCAGAAACCUCAAAGUCCUGUGGUAGCCAAUCGAACGGACAGUCUAAAACGUAACCACACCACCACCGGCAGUUCUAGUCCUACACCCCCACUAAACUCCUCAACCGGUGACCAAACCACAAUUCCGGCUCAAUUCUUCUCGCCUGUCCAUAGUCUGAAAACAAUACCCCACUCAGCAUCGUCACCAAAAAUUGUUGCUGGCACCCUUCGGCAUUCUGGCCUUAGCAAAGGUUCCAAUGUACCCUCUCCAAAAGGUUCACCUCUGCGCCGACCUGCCGUCGGCAGUGCAACUUCAAAUCCUGCCACCGUCGUCAAUCCAGAUAGUCCGUUGAGACAAAUUACCGAAGAGCAAUGGAUUGAUGGACCUCGCGUAUCCCGAGCCAAAGUAGCCGAAGCCAGACAUCUAAUGCGAGAGAUUAACCAUGUUAAGCAGUGCGAAACGUGGGUAGACGGACCCAAGUCACAAUCGGCGCGUUCCCUUACCGCAGGCAAUCUACCCGCCACCCCAACACAAGCCGUCGGCUAUGGCUUCAUGGAUUCGCACAAAAAGACCAUGAUUCGACAAUGGGUGGAGAAUCAAUCAUCGCAAGUGUUCCAGUCGUCGGCGGCAUCCUCGCCCACCCAUCAAGGCCAACAGCAAAUGCAGAUGCAACAGCAACAACAGCAUCUAAGGAAUCUAACAUAUCAUUUGGCCCAGUUCAAGCAAAAGUCCGAAGAUGACCAGCAUUCGUUGGAGAGUAAUAUGGAGAUGGUGCAUCCAAUGGGGCCGGGAUUGACGACGGCGAUUAGUACGACAAAUGCAUCGGCGCCGGCAGAGAUUUGCGGAGUUCGCAGUGGUGGCUGUGGCAGUGCCAAAUCACACUUUCAUAAUAGAGACGAGACUGACUUACAUUCGGAUAGAUCUGUGAGAUCUUUUGGGGGAGGUGGCGGUGGUCAUUUGGAUAAUCAAGAUGAAGAAGACCAGGAUAGUGGACCAUCAGAAGUGCCUCCAGCGUUGCCACUCAUCGAACCAUUGGGGUCGCGUGAAAUAUCCCACGAAAGUCUACACAGGAUACUUUCGAGGCAUGUGUCGAGGGAAAGUCUACAUAUGCAACAGCAGCACCAUCAGCAGCAGAUGAUGCAACAACAGCACAACUAUGGUAUGUCGGAUUGUGGACUGCAAGUUACGGAGGAAGAAAUCGCAAGAACGAUGGGAGGGGAACAUCCCUUGGCCGCGUUGAGCCAUUGUGAUAUGUCCAGUUUUCAUGCAGGUGGAGAUGCGUUCAGUGAUUGUGCGAUGGGUGAAAGAACGAGGAACCAAUUUGACCAACUGGCGCGUCUUCGAGAAAUAUUCACAUCCCAACUGGCAAUGGCCGAAGUAACUCCUGUCUUCCGUGUAGGUUGUGAUGUCGGUAGUGUGUACAGUGAACCUGCCUAUCGAUUUAACACUGGCCCCGGCAGUGUUUGUAGUGAGCCUCCAUAUCGCCCGCCAAGUCCACGUCCACCAUCACGUAGUCCAAGUCAAUGUUCCCUGCCAAGCCUGAAUGGCAUCAUGCAAAUAGCCGGAAUGGAGCAAUAUGCUUCCUUGCGACAUCCUGACGGUGCUUCCGACCCAAAUCUUCCCAAAGCCGAAAAGUCAUUCAUCGAAAUGGACGAAAUGACGGAAGUUGAUGAAAAAUCCGCUCUACUUUCCAAACGUCCAUCAUUAGAUCACGACCACAUCACAGCCCUGCCGCCCAUCACUGCCCAAAGCCAAUUGCCACUGCUGCCAUUGAACACCUCAUCGGAAGCCUACGACAGCGGCCAUGAUUCAUCAACGCCGCGCACCUCCAAGCAUUCGGGUAUAUCACGUCGAGCUGAAAGCGGAUACCAUAGUGUGGCCACAGUAAGGGAUAGUGAUGAAUCGAGUUUUACGUCCGGUCUGUCAAAGGAGCAUCACAAUCGAAUUGUCAUGGUGAAGAAAAAACGCCAGGAUAAGUCAUCGCUGUGCAACUGGCUGAUGAAUCCAUUCACCUGUACGUAUCCGGAGACUGAAGGUGAGAUCAGUGAUUUUUGAAUGAAAGCCAGUACUUCCACUAUUCAGGUGUUAUUUUUAAAUUAAAAAAAAAAAAUAAGUGAGAAAAAAAGUUAAAAGUUAAAAAAAGAAAGAAAACAGAGAAAAAAAAACAACCACCCACCAACAAAAAAACACUUACACUAUAGAAAAAAUAUUUUCCAUUAUCCUUAAAAAGGAUG